AUAAAAUAUCAACAAAAAAAAAUUAUACACUACAACAGUACAUUACGAUGACAGCUACCUUGCAAUCAACUGUGAAUGCCCAGGCUUCAGGUCUUAUGACCGCACAAAAGAUCAACUGUUUAAGAGCGGACUUCCACCAGAAAAGAAACUCGUAUAAGGCUGAGAAGCGCUUUGUAAAUGAGAGACGCCUACAAAUUGGAUCCACUGCCGUUGUUUCGAAAGCCUUUGACAGGCGCCUAGGAUGUUACGUGGCUUUGAAACGUAUGGAGAUCGAGAGAUAUAUUAACGCUAACAAGAAAGAGUUUCAUAUCGGCAAAGCAAUGGGUCAGCACCCGAAUGUUGUUACCACUUACGAAAAACUCUUCAUAAAUAAACAAGUUUGCAUUGUCAUGGACUGCCUUGACGGAGGAGACUUAGUGGAUAUACUUGCAGACCGCGAGGCAGGCUUUGAUCAUCAAGAGUUUCUGACAUUCGCUCGUCAGCUGGCAGCCGGUCUGUCCCACAUACACAGCAAAGGGGUUGCACAUCGAGAUAUAAAGUCUGAUAACAUAUCUGUAAGCACAAAAGAUGGACAGGCUAAAAUUUUGGACUUCGGAGAGAGUCAAUUUGUUUCUGAACCCAUGGUCUCCCUCAAGAGUGGUACUUUGCCUUAUAUGGCGCCCGAACUUGUAUCUGCGAUAGAAGAGUGUCGUGGCCAGUACAAUGUGGGGGAUGUUGAUCUAGACCUCAUGAAAACUGAUGUCUGGUCUAUGGGUAUCACGUUUUACUCGAUGUACACAUCUCAAAUACCUUUUGGUUGUGCGAGUCUGCAAGAUUCUGGCUUUAGGAAUUAUUUGCAAAGGCACGUGUUCGGUGCACCUGGAGUGUGGGCAGCAGUUGACGAAGACAUCAAAAUACUGUUGGAGAAUAUGUGCGAACCUGAUCCUGAGCUACGUUGGUCUAUGGAUAUGGUUGUGAAAUAUCUUAACGAGUUAUGUAAACGUGAGAGUCACAAAUAGAUUCUAAUAGUUAAUCGAAUAAAAUAAUAGUAGAAACAUACACCG